AUGGCUCCUCCCGCUCGUGGACGGGGCACAAGCCAGCGGAGUCCGACUGUCUUGGUCACUGAUUCUCGCGAUCAACAAUCUGCUUCCACACCGCGACGACACCGAUCUCCCGCCACCCGUUUCAUCACUGUCGAUAAUGUGCUCCAAUAUGCUUCCGAUGUUCCCUCAAUGCAACAACGACAACCUCCACCGACCUCGCGACCACGCCGACUCCCAUCAGGCGGCCUAAUGGGCAAUGCCGGCGGAACCUCAGGAGGACUGCCGACUUCGGGCGGCACUAUUGGCCGACUGGCGGCACAACCACGUCUGCCCCCGCGGACAACCAAAGUCAGUGAAAAGCUCGUACUUUUACCCGACACCGGCGGCGUCGGUGAGGAAGAUACUGCCGACGACGACGACGACGAAGCUCAAGAUGACGCCGAUCUUGUGGAUGAGGAGCUUGUGGAUCGGUUGGCCAAGGAAAAACGAGUGGACCCGGAAUUGAUCAGACGGCAGCUGCUGAUGCAAAAGCGUCUGGGUGGGGAUUUUGGUGUCGAUAAUGACCUUGCACCUCUGCUGGCCGAAGAAGAUUUACUCCGAAAGCGACGUAUUGCACCCGAAAAGGCUAAAAGCUACGCCGAGCGACUGCCAAAAGCCCGCCGUGCAGAGAAGCUGGCUCGUGUCACGGCAUACUGCACCGCGCAGGCCUACAAAAUGGGAUCCUUGGCGUCGUUUGUCAAGGAAUGGCACGGAGCGCGGACCAAGCUAUAUGACGACUGUCUCUACACGGCCUACCACCUUCCACUUCUCCCAGGCCACGAAGGAUAUCGCCUUCGAAGCAGUCCCGUGGUGAAAUUCCCUGGUGGCAAGUCGCUGCUGGAUGAGGAAAUUGAACGGAAUGAACUUCGUGAUCACCACGACGACUACAUCGGUGAGAUUGAAGAGCACUCAGUCGGACGUCACAAUCGCCCCGAGGAUGAGCAUCAUCAAGAUGCAUCCCCGCAAGAGCCAGAUGAUCAAAGCUCGCGGGAGGAGAGCCAAGAACGCUUCUUGACCCACGUCUCGGAAGAGGAGAGUCGCAUUCAAGAGAACCACGAAGCAGCUGGUGACUCCGAUGUAUUCCACACUUCCAGCCAGAGUGGGUCUGAUCAAGCCCAACAGGCUUCUGAGGUCCCGCCUCCUCGUCGUCGGCACAGUUCUGGUGACAGUCACUCUCUUUUGCGAGACCUUCCCCAGCCAGCAGCAACGCCAUCAUCAUCGAGGACCCCCGCGCCGGCGCGGACUCUUUACAAUGUUGCGGAGAUGUUCGUCUUUGGCUACGGAGUUGUGGUAUUCUGGAACUUUACUGAGCGACAGGAGAAAGAUCUGCUGGCGGAUCUGGCAUUUGCAACGUCAUCAGCAACUGGAACGCCCAUUCCGCUUACUACAAUGCCGCUUCACGAGGAGGAUUUUGAGACAGAAGAAUUCCACUUUGAGUACUCGACUGAGAUCUCGCGCCCUCGCGUGUACAAUGAUAUGAUCACCCUGCGCAGUGGUGACCACAUGAUUAAGCUGGCAAUCAGUCAUGGCAUAUCUCAAAGCACAAAAUUGUGUUUCUUCGAGGAGGUCAUGGCCCGUCAAAUGGCAGACGCAAAAGACGUGCCCCGUCGUCUCGCCGUGACUGGAAAGUUGGGCAUGAAACGUGAAGAGGUCUUCCGAAUUCUUGGCCGUCUCUUCAAGAGCCGCGUGGAAGUCAAUCUUUCCUCUAACAUGCUCGACGUUCCGAACUUUUUCUGGGAAAGCGAGCCUACACUGUACCCCCUUUACCUCGCUGUACGAGAGUACUUGGAAAUCAAACCGCGAAUCCAGGUGCUCAACGAGCGCUGUCGAGUCUUCUUAGACCUCGCAGAGAUUUUGUCUGAUUCGAUCGCUGACAACCGCACUUCUCACCAAACAUGGAUCAUCAUUGUCCUCAUUGUCAUUUCUAUCCUCGUCACCAUCUCCGAGGUCUUUCUCCGAUUCGGUCUUCUUCAUGCCCGUGAGGGUGCCGUCUCCAGCCCUACUAAUAUUCUUGCCCGCGCUAUGGGCCGGUCCAUUCCUUCUCCGGUCUCGGACUGGUCUGCCACUAAUGUUCCCCCUGGGUGUAUCUGUCCCUCUGUUGCGCCCGGUGGCGGAUCGGAUAUGGGCGUCGGUUCGUUUUGGGCCUAG